UGCUCUUUCGCUCGUUUUCCUCGCUCUUCACCUCCCUGAUGGUGUACAGGUGUUUGUGUACGUUUAUUAUUUCCGCGCUUCCCGCCGAUUUUGACCGUCAGUUUGAUUACGGGUGUCACUCGCGCAGCAACGCCUCUCUCUCGCGAUUUCUCGGUGUACAAUCUCGCACGCCUCUGUUUCGCGCGACCGGCGGAUAUAGCACGAGCAGAGACCGCAUUGACAUCGCAUCGAGAUUAUUGCAUUGGAAUCGAACGGGAAAACGCAUCCCGAGGUUUUCCUCGCUUUCCUUUUUCAUCACCAGCGGCAUCACACGGAAAAGAAGCCCGGACAAAAAAUUUGAGGGCGGGAAACUUGGGGAUAGCUAUCCCUCUCGAAUUUUAGUAACAGUUGGCAUGUGUACGAUAUAGCAGUUCGUACAUUUGAGCAUUACAAUGUGGGGAACUCAUAGAUCAAUUAGCAUGCCAUCAGUCGUCCGGAUAUUCAUCAUACUGAGUUUAUUAGCUACUGUUUCGGCGCAAACAAGGUGCAACGGUGGUUUAGGAAGGGUGGUUUACGAGAGACUUCCGGAUCAGCAGCUUCAGGGCUUUGAUAACGAGGAGGUGCGAGACUCGGCACCUCCGUUUAGGGUUCUGGAGAAGUGCCAAGAGCUCUGUCUGCGCGACCGAGGGGCGAAUAACAACCUGGUUUGGCCGUGCACGAGCUUCGACUUUCAGCCCGGUAACAGAAUUGCGUUCUUCAGCGGCGCCGCCGAAUACGAGGAAAGUAUUUGCCAUUUAACGAGAGAACAGGCGGCGCCGGAAGGCAUCGGAAAUCUCAUACUCGUGCCGAAUAGCGUGCACUUCACCGAAGUAUGUCUGGGAUCAAAUAGAAUAGACAGGGAAUGUCCAAAUCGUCGUUACGUGUUUGAGAGAUAUCCGAGAAAGAAGCUGGAACUACCCAAGACAGACAUCAGAGAAGUCAGCGCCUCCAACAGAACUGACUGCGAGGACAAGUGUCUCGAUGAAAACAGUUUCGUCUGUCGAUCGGCGACGUACGACAGCACUUUGAGAAGCUGUUCUCUCAGUCGGUUUACCAGAAGAACCCACCCCGAAAUGUUGGAGGACGAUCCGUCUACCGAUUAUUUAGAAAAUACUUGUCUCAGUGCUGAAAGACGAUGCGAUGGACUCGCGGUGUUUGUCAAGGAAGAAAAUAAACGUUUGCGCGGUCCUUUCGAAGUGGACAUAUACACAAAUCUUACUUUAGACGAAUGUCAAGCGCUCUGUCUCAGAGCGGAGAAAUAUUUCUGUCGCAGCGUUGAAUUUGACGAGCAAACAAGACAGUGCGUCAUAUCCGAAGAGGAUUCGGUCUCGCAAAAGGACGACAUCGGAACCAGUCCAAGUCAUCACUUUUACGAUCUGGUGUGUUUAGACAAUCAUCCGUCCUUAGCGCGCGGCUCGGAAUAUCCGGACAGCAACUCGGCAUCGCACAUGUUCUCCGACGGUCGAACACGACCGGACACGGCGUUCCAGCGUUAUCGAAAUUCUCGAUUGAGUGGCGAGUUCCACUCGGAGAUCACUGGACGCAGUCUCAGCGAGUGCCUGGACGAGUGUCUGCGACAGCCGAGUUUCCAGUGCCGCAGUGUCGUUUAUUCCGAACAUUUUCGCACCUGUCGAUUGAGUCGAUAUAAUCAACGAGAUGGCAACAGAAUUAUUCAUGACGCCGAUUACGAUUAUUACGAGAAUCUCAUGCAUCAAUAUCUAGACGGCGAUCGUGAUAGUCCUGGAUAUAGACCAGAUCCCCUGGGACAAGACACAAACUUUGGACGACCCUCUCUUGGAAGGCCGGGUUAUCCGGACGAUUACGACAAGGGAUAUCCCAGCAGUGUCAAACCAGAUCGUUAUCCAGAUCGUAUCCCAGAUCGCACACCAGAUCGUUUUCCAAAUUGGGUUUCAGAUCGUUAUCCCGAUCGUUAUCCCGAUCGCUAUCCCAGUCGCUACCCCGAUCGCUAUCCCGAUCGCUACCCCGAUCGCUACCCUGAUCGCUAUCCCGACCGCUAUCCCGACCGUUAUCCCGACCGAUCUCCAGACCGAUAUCCCGACCGCUAUCCAGACCGCUAUCCAGACCGAUAUCCCGAUCGUCGUCCUUUAGACGACAAAUAUCCGGACACUCGCUAUCCCGCACAAUAUCCCGAUUCGGACAAUUAUCCGGACCGAUUUCCUUCUGGCGAUCGGUAUCCCGAUAGAUAUCCCGAUUCUGGCACUCUGGACAAAUAUCCGGGCCGAUAUCUUGUCAUACACGGUGUCCGAUAUCUAUUGACUCCAAGUCGAUAUCCCACUGACACCGGAAGUCGAUAUCCCACUGACACCGGAAAUCGAUAUCCCACCGACACCGGUGGUCGAUAUCCCACCGACACCGGUGGUCGAUAUCCAACCGACACCGGUGAUCGAUAUCCUAAUGCGAUCGAUCGCUAUCCAUUUCCAGAAGAUCCGCUAGAUCGAUAUCCAUUAGGUGGUGAUAGAUCACCCGGUGAUCAAUUUUCAAUCUCUGGCAGAUAUCCUGAGAAAGAUCCUUACGCCAAUCGCAGGUAUCCCGUGGGACACGGAUUGUAUCCCGCUCACGGAUUCGUCGAUGACGUUCGCGGGCCUCAGACCCACGGUAUCGAGUCACGACCUCCCUAUGGCGGCGACGGCGGUGGGCCUUACGGUCCGGCACGGCCGAUUGGGGGAUACGGCGGAGAUAAUGGUAUCGUAGGUGGUGGAUACAUAGGCGAAGGUGGAGUUUACAAUUCGCGCCCGUUCGGUGGUACUGCCGGUGGUGGCCCCAUCAUAGGCAGGCCGCCAUUGUUGUCCAGAUGCGACGAGCAAGACAAUUUCAGGCAGGUCGGACCUCAUGUUAGGGUGCGGAAACCGUUCGUUAGACGGUACACCACCGCCUCGUCGCUGGCUCAGUGCGAGAGAGAAUGCGCCGACGCUAGAGACUUCGUUUGCAGGUCCUUCAAUUACCGACCGUAUGCCGCUCCUUACGGGGUCGACAGAGAGAACUGCGAGCUCAGCGACCGGGACUCCAGGGACAUGAACAUGGGCAACUCGGUUUAUUACGACACGAGUUCCGAUUACGACUUCUACGAGAGAAACAACGAUCGUCAGGGCGCGGACGGGGAAUGCCUGGACGUGAGUCAAGUCUGUAGCGAAGACGGAAUGGAGUUUACCCUGAGGACGCCGGAAGGGUUCAUAGGGCGAAUUUACACGUACGGAUAUUACGAUCGGUGUUACUUCCGCGGAAAAGGCGGAACUGUUAACGUACUGCGCAUCAGCGGGCCCCAAGGAUACCCCGAAUGUGGCACGCAGCGAUACGGUGAUACAAUAACGAAUAUUGUGGUGGUGCAAUUUUCGAACUACGUGCAAACUGGACGAGACAAGCGAUUCAACUUGACGUGCCUGUUUCGAGGACCUGGCGAAGCUGUCGUCACAUCCGGCUACAUCGGUGCCGGGUAUGCCAGAUCUGGGUCUCCCGUCCCCAUCGAAUAUCUCCCGGCGGAAAACACUUUGAGUUCCAAAGUACGCUUGCUGAUCCUCUAUCAGGGUAGACCAACGACCACGAUAGCCGUCGGUGAUCCUCUCACCUUCAGACUCGAAGCUGUGGAUGGAUACAAUUACGGAACUGAUAUAUUUGCCACCGAUGUUUACGCGAAAGAUCCGUACACCAACAGAGGCGUUCCGCUGAUAGACAAAUACGGCUGUCCCGUGGACAACUACGUGUUUCCGGGAUUGGAUCGUUUACGCGACAGCGACAGCCUCGAGGCCCGCUUCAACGCCUUUAAAAUACCCGAAUCGAAUUUCCUCGUGUUCGAGGCGACCGUGCGAACGUGUCGCGACGGCUGCCAGCCGGCGUAUUGCUCAAACGCCGGCACCGGCAGGAGCGAGCCUUCCUUCGGCAGAAGACGGCGAAGAGACGUAAAUAACGACACGGUAGCGGCGGAUGAGGACAAACUGGCGCCGAUAAUCGUGACGGACGAUGACUUUAACAACGCGUCGGCGACGAUUUUCAACGCGACCGAUAACGGGACCGACGACGAGCCGGAAUACGACGACGGCGUGGAGGAAGAGCACGUCAGAGAAAUGAUCGAGGUUCUCGAUUCGAGAAUGGAUAUCGAGGACGAGACCGUUGUCGAGAAGCAAACUCAGAUUUUAGAAAAUAUUUGUAUCUCGCAAAACGAAUACUACGGAUUAAUCACUGCGGUGGGAAUUCUUGUCGUUCUCUUGGUUUCCGUCGUUCUCUUGUCUAUGCUUGUUUACAGACAAUAUGUUUAUUCCAUUAUCAUGAAAAACCGUAGACUCGACAAGACCUGCAAUCGCAGCAGCCGUUCCGACGAGCAUUACAACAGUCGAGUCAACAACUUCUCUUUCAUGAGAGCGGGUCUUCAGAAACCAUUUCAGGCCUCAUCGAUCUCGAGAUCGGUGAGCAACGCUAUCAGCCAACGUCUUGCCUCGUCGUCCACCGCUCUGGAGGGAGCUGUGGGUUUAUCCACCAAUCGACGCAGCGGUUUCGAUCCGAGCGAGCCGAUCUACACCGAUCCCUCGCUCUUCGAGGUCACUCGUUGCUCGAACACCGCAAAAUCGGGUCUUAAUGAUAACUUUCAUCUCAUGUAGAAAACAAUUCGCGAGAAUCAAUCAAUCUUGAAAUUUCAUAUUAAUGCGAGCCUUCGUUCUCUAUCUCUUUAAUUUUUAAUCGUUUCAAAAUCGACUAACGACUUUACGAGAAAGAUCAGCGUAUCGUUACGAUCUUCUGCCGCUAGUCAAAAAUUCACUGCCAACUCCGCUCCUAACGAGCGUAAUUGCAUUUGUCAAACGAAUUUCAUAUAAAUAAUUUAGUUUUAUUCACUUACAUCGCCGAGAGAUUAUUUAAUUCAGAAAGUUUAUACAAUAAUAUUACCGUAGCUGAGAAGUUAAAAACUGCUUUACACACAAAUCAUAUCUCCUCAACGGUUAACUUCGAGAACGUCGUGUAAUUACUUUUCUUAAAUGUUUACCGAAAGUAAUUGCAAAAAAUAUACAGCUCGUAAUAACAUAGACAUUUAAGCUCUAAUAACCAAGUGAAAUUAGAAUGUAAUGUAUUUUUUAUAAGAUGCAAAAAAACUUCCUAAUGAUGCGUUUAAUUUCGCAAAAAUCAAUACGAUGUAACAAUAAACUCGCUGAACUUCUUGUAAAAUCAAUGUUUUUUUUUUUUGCUCUAAAAUUUACGUUCUGUUUUUGUAUGUUUCACCUUGGGAAACAUAUACUGAUACAUAAAUAAUGAAAACCAUCUCGUUUUCUUUGUUUAUCGCUUUUAAAUUUUCAAA